AUGGCUUCAGUCAGAACCCUCAGUCUUGCUACCGCCCUCUACCUCUUGGCAGGUAUCUCUUGCGUAUCUGCGCAUGGCUUCGUCCAAGGCAUCGUCAUUGGAGGGGAAUACUAUCCAGGAUUCAAUCCAGGCGCUGCUCCUUACCAAAACCCACCUCCACCGGUUAUUGGUUGGCCAAAUACUGCAAGUGAUACCGGCUUCGUCCCUCCUCAAGACUAUAGCAAUCCCAACAUCAUCUGUCACUUGAACUCUCGGAAUGGUGAGAUGCAUGCCGAAAUCGCCGCUGGCUCCUCGAUUGACUUGCAAUGGAAUCAAUGGGACGUAUCUCACCAUGGCCCUGUCAUCGACUACAUGGCCAGGUGUGAUGGUGAGUGCGAAACGACUGACAAGAACGCUCUCAAGUUCUUCAAGAUCGACGAAGCCGGUCUCGUCAAUGGAUCACCUGCUCCUGGUACUUGGGCUACCGACACCCUGAGAGCCAAUAAUCUCACAUGGACAACCACAAUCCCUGCCACUCUCGCUCCUGGAAACUACGUACUCAGACACGAACUCAUUGCGCUUCAUAGUGCAGACAAGCCAUACGGCGUACAGAACUACCCUCAGUGCAUCAAUCUUAAAGUAACUGGUACAGGCACGGCAAACCCAGCUGGUAUUCCUGCAACCGAGUUUUACACACCCACAGACCCGGGCCUCUCCCUCAGCAUCUACUACCCGGAUCUAGAGAAUUAUACUAUCCCGGGUCCAGCUCUAUGGGACGGUGCGUCGUCUGGGAACACUGGUAGUUCUUCAGGGAUGCCCGCCCCUUCGACAGUGACUGUCAUUCCCGUGCCUGAGAGCUCUUAUGUAGCACCGUCACCAACACCUGUCGAUUCAGUGCCUCAAUUCUCAGCUAUAGCGUAUGCGGCAGAGUCGACACCGUCAGGUGCCAGCCCUCUGCCUGAAAGCUCCGUCACAGACUAUGCCGAAUCUCCGACGCCAACUGAUGUCAGCCCUCUGCCUGAAAGCUCCAUCGCAGACCAUGCCGAAUCUCUGACGCCAACUGAUGUCAGCCCUAUUCCCCAAAGCUCCGGCGCAGCUUCUGUACCAGAGUCGUCAUCAGCUAUUGAAGUUGUCCCAUCUGCCGCCACUCCUGUGGAACCAAGCAUGGCAGCUACUACAGCUUUUGAAGGGACAUCAACAGCUGCCCAGGAACUUUGCAGCACAACUACAUUGUACACAACGAUCACCAUGACCACGACUGUCCAGCCAGGACGUUCUUCAGAAGAUGUCUCUCCUUCCUCAUCAGAGGUAGCGCCAGUGCCUACUUCGGUCGCUGAGACAUUCUCAGAGGCGGAGCCUGUGCCCACUUCAAACCCUGAGACAUCCUCCGAAGUGGCGCUAAUUCCCACCUCAAUAGCAGGCAAUUCCUCGUACCCGGUACCAGUACCCACCUCAAGCGCCGAGGAAUCCCCAGAGGCUGCACCAGCGCCCACCUCGAAUGCAGGCAACUCCUCUUACUCAGCGCCCAUGCCCACAGCAAGCGCCGAGACAUCACCUGAAGGAUACGGCGACGGCUAUCCCACCAGCGUAGCAGAGUCCAUGCUUAGCUCGGCCGUUGCAUCCGCCGCAUCUGAAAUCGCUUCCGCCGUCGAGAGUGCCGCUACACCUACCGCUAUCAUCAGCUCUGUCGUUGCAUCUGCCGCGUCUCAAAUCGCUACGGCUGUCGAUGGUGGUGCCGCGACACCCACCGCCGCGCUUACCUCCGCUGUUCAAUCUGUCGCCUCUGUAAUUGCUUCCGCCGCCGAGAGUGCCGCCACUUCCACCCCUACCGGUGUCUCGGAAGGCUCAGACACUGGCUUGCCCGGUGGAAUGGGCUUUGAGGAGUUCAUCGAGUGGAUCAAGCAGUUCUUUACUAAGUACUUUGGGAAGAAGGGUAGUGGUAGGAAGCACGCCAGAGAUUUGGUCAUCUAG